AUGGGUGCUACGAAUCCGGCCUUGUCAGCCCUCUCGGGCCCGACAUAUGUCACAGCGCAGACCCUGAUUCAACAGGUCGCGUAUCUCCUCAGUGAUAAGAUCUUCUCCUACUCGCCGGAGUCUUUCGAUCUUGAUGCUGCUCUCCGCGAAUGGUCUGCGGCUCAAGAGACCAACGCCAAUGGCGAGUCUCCUGUUGUCAAGACUAUGGAAACCCGCCAGGGUGCCGGAAACAUUGCCCUGGGUUACCUCUUCUCUCAGGACUUUGACCUGAAGAAGCGCCAUGUUCCCCAGGGUAUUGUUGCUUCUUCCGCCACCCUGCCUUACAUGCGUUCGGCUCUGGAGCAACUCUCUCUGCUCUACUCCGUUGCGAGCCCCGUUGCCGCUCACGUUGCGGCCGUCGACUAUGCCGGCGAGGAGGGCCUUGUCUCUGACUACGCCUCCGCCCUCUCUCUGGCCGAGGAUCUUGGAUUGGGUCUCGUCUCCAGCGGUUCGGCCCACGAGUCUCAGCACAUGGCUCUUUUCACCACUUUGCUCGCCUCCAUUCUGCCUUCCGUCCAUAUCUAUGACGGCGUUCGCGUUGGCCACGAGACCACCCGUGUCAUUGAUGUGCUGGAUAAGGAUGGCCUGAACCGUACCUACGAGACUGUCCGUAAGACUCUCGAGGACUCUCGCAACCGCCACCUCGAUGCCCAGGGCAAGGUGCUGGACCUGCUCAAGACCCUGAACGGCGAGCUUGGUACCGACUAUGGUGCCUUUGAGUACCACGGCCAUGCCGAGCCCACUUCCGUCCUGGUUGUAUUUGGUACUGUUGAGGCUACUCUUGCCGCCCAGGUUGCACGCUCUCUUGCUAAGGACGGCGUUCACAUUGGUGUUGUCAACGUCCGUGUCUACCGCCCCUUCGUCGAGGAGGAGUUCCUGCGCGUGCUUCCCAAGUCCGUUAAGACCGUCGGCGUUCUCGGCCAGGUUGCCAACGAACUGGCUGUUCAGGAGGAAGCUGUUCACUCUACUCUCUUUGAGGACGUGCUUGCUGCCAUGACCUUCGCCACCGACCGUGAGCAGAGCACCUCUCUUGUUGAUAUUAAGUACCCUCGCUCUCAGCGCUGGGACCUCAUCACCACUGCUGCUGCAUAUCAGCGCAUCUUCGAUAAGCCCAUUCUGCCCAUCAACAACGCCACCAACGAGGCUGCGCCUCUGCAACUGCUUGACCCUGCUACUGUUCAGGAAUACACUUUCUGGGAUGUCGACAACUCUGUUUCCGAGGAUGCUUCCCGUGUUUUGAGUGAGGCCCUGGCCGUGGACUCUGCUAGCAAUGUCACCACCAGCAAAGUUCACGACAACCUUGUACAGGGUGGCUCCAUUCGUGUGGACAUCCGCAAGAGCGCCAAGAUCCUGGAUGCUCCUUACUCUGUCACCGCUGCCGAUGUGUCCUAUGUCGGAAGCCUCGCCCUGCUCAAGGAUGUUGAUGUUCUUGCCUCCGUCAAGGACAACUCCAAGGUCAUUGUCAGCGCCCCUGGCGUCAAGGAUGAGGACCUGGAGAAGAAGCUCCCGGCCGGUUUCAGACAGGCCGUUGCCCAGCGCGGAAUUUCUCUCUUCGUUGUUGACCCGACUGCCGUUGAGGACUCCUCUCUUGAGGCUCUGAUUGUCCAGGCCUCAUUUGUCCGCGUUGCUCUGCCCUCCCAGGAGAGUGUUGCUACCAAGAAGCUGUCGUCCAUCUCUGGCAACAGCGAGGCUCUGGAGAACGUGUUCAAGGAUCUUGAGAAGGUGCUCCGCCAGAUCGAGGUUCCCGAGGCAUGGAAGGAGCCCGAGGGUGCUAGCGAGGCUCCCCAACUUCCCAAGGACAUCUCCGCCAACAGCUUCGUUUCCUUCGACAAGGAAGAGACCGAGACCCCGACCCUUCUCAAGGACUGGGAGACCGCCGCCCGUGGUCUUGCUUUCAAGGAGGCCUUUGGCACUCAGAACACCCUCCGGCCCGACCUGGCUACCAAGACUUUCACCGUCCACGUCAAGGAGAACCGCCGUCUCACUCCCGUCACCUAUGACCGUAACAUCUUCCACAUCGAGUUCGAUCUUGGUGACUCUGGCCUUAAGUACGACAUCGGUGAGGCCUUGGGUAUCCACGCCGAGAACGACCCCGUGGACAUCAUGAAGUUCAUCGAGUUCUACGGUCUGGACCCCGAUGCGAUUGUCGAGGUUCCCAGCCGCGAGAGCCCUGCUGUUCUCGAGAACCGAACCGUCUACCAAGCUCUUAUCCAGAACGUCGACAUCUUCGGACGCCCGCCCAAGCGCUUCUACGAGGCUCUGGCUGAGUUUGCUACCGACGAGAAGGAGAAGACCGACCUCCGCACCCUGGGUGGCCCUGACGGUGCCGUUGAGUUCAAGCGUCGCUCCGAGGUUGACACCGUUACUUUCGCCGACAUCCUGCUCGAGUACCCGUCUGCUCACCCUGACUUCCACGAGAUCGUCCGUAUUGUCGGACCUCUGAAGCGCCGUGAGUACUCUAUCGCCUCAUGCCAGAAGGUGACUCCCACCUCUGUCGCUCUCAUGAUUGUUGCCGUCAACUGGACCGACCCCAGCGGACGCGACCGCUUCGGUUUGGCCACUCGCUACCUGAGCCGCCUGCAACCCGGCUCCCCCAUCACCGUGAGCGUCAAGUCCAGUGUGAUGAAGCUACCACCUAAGUCCACCCAGCCUCUUAUCAUGGCUGGUCUUGGUACCGGUCUGGCUCCCUUCCGGGCUUUCGUGCAGCACCGUGCUCUCGAGAAGGCCCAGGGCAAGGAGAUCGGUUCCGUUCUUCUGUACAUGGGCUCUCGUCACCAGCGUGAGGAGUACUGCUACGGAGAGGAAUGGGAGGCCUACCAGGAGGCUGGUGUCAUCACCCUUCUUGGCGCCGCCUUCUCUCGUGAUCAGCCCGAGAAGAUCUACAUCCAGGACCGCAUGCGCCAGUCCCUCCCCGAGAUCAUCCAGGCCUAUAUUCGCGAGGAAGGUGCCUUCUACCUCUGCGGUCCUACCUGGCCCGUCCCCGACGUCACCGCCGUCCUGGAGGAAGCCAUCGCCACCGAAGCCAAGAACAACGGCAAGAAGGUUGAGACUCGCAAGGAGAUCGAGAAGCUCAAGGAUGACGAGCGCUACGUGCUGGAGGUGUACUAG